GGUAUCAGCAGUUCUUGCAUUGCCAGAGAUUUCAUGCGGUUUCAUGAUGACAGGCCUUCUCAUGAGGCCACCAUGAUUUGGAAUGUUGAAUGGUCGCAGCCCUUGCCUGAAGUGAAGUACAUGAUUUGCGGUGUUGAUGUCUGCCCGGAUAACAUCCUUGCAGAUUUUGAGGUUCCGAAAAGUGCCAUUCCAUUGCCCUUGCUCCAAGCAAGUGUCAUGCCAGUGAACGUGAUUGAGCUUUUUUCAGGGGGUUUGGGAGGUUGGAAAACUGCAUGUAACUUCCUGCAUGAACAUGAGAAUGUUGCUUUCAAAGUGCUUGCCGUUGAAAUUGAUAUCGAAGCAGCCUUCACGUAUGCAGUGAGCCAUUCAGUUCCUUUGAUCAGUGGAAAAACGCACCUGGACCCAGCAUUGGCACAGCAGCACUCACACCUUGUGGUGCAUGCGGAUGUAGCUGGAGAUACUUGGUUGAGUCUUGGUAGUGCUUGGUGCCCAGACAUUGUUGCGAUUUCCUCACCAUGCCCGCCUUGGAGUUCAGCAGGUUCAUCCUCAGGUCUCUACUCAGAAGAAGGCCAAUUGUUGAUCCGAUCGAUUGCAAUCUGCAAGUUGCUCCGUCCACGGGCAAUAGCACUUGAGCAGGUAAGUGCUUUUGCGUCACAUGAGCACUUUCACUACGUGGUGCAAACCUUGAGAUGGGCUGGUUACCAAUUAUACCAUGCUCAGGUCUUGGAUGCAUCCGACAUUCUUCCCAUUGCCAGGUCCAGAUGGCUUGCCAUUGCUUUGAGAGUGAAUGAUGAUGGAGUGAGCCACAUGCCUUUCCAGGGUUGGUACCCAGUUGAAGCUCAAGUGCCCAACACAUGGGAUGUCAUUUUGCAAGAACAGUUUUUGCAUGAUGCACGUCUAUACCCGAAGUCCGAUGUCCUGUCCUUGUCUGCCAGACAUGACCUUUUGCCUCCUGCGAAGCGCAGGGUAGUGUCCAAAGAACAUGUGCUUGCUUCCAGAUGCUAUGACGGAACAAUCAAGAUCCCGACAUUGAUGGCAUCAUAUGGGUCCCAACAUUGUUUGUCCGACGCAUGGCUCAGUGAGAAGGGAUUGAUGAAUCAUUUCUUCCGCCAAGUUGGAAAAAAUCCAAGAUACUGGCACCCAGUUGAAUUGUGGCUGAUGCAUGGGGCUCAUGGACAGCAGUUUUUCAUGAAAGAUUGGGUCAAGGCGUACAGGCAUGUCGGUAAUCAGAUUUGCACUCCUCAUGCCCUGUUGAUUAUCACGAACAUUCUCAACUGCUUGGAUAAAGUGCCACAAGGUUUUGAUGCAUCAGAGGUCAUCCAGGACUUCAUUUCCAGCAGGAACAAGGCAUCCGAAAUUGCUGUCACUGAAACACAGGUCACCAUUUGCACCGCUGGAUUGACAUUCGAAGUUUUCAUCCAAGAUGGAAUUCCCUGCGAAAUGGCCUUGCAGCUUUGGGAUCAUGCCUUCCAAGACUUAGAGUGCUUCGAAAAACAAGAUGCAGUUGCAAAAGUUUGGGUGCCCACUGACAAUUGGCAAGAGUCACAUGAUGCCACUCCGAACUUGUGGGUCGUCAUACAUGAAAAAUGCUUGUACGUUGCAAAGCCAUCAGAAGAAACAGUGUCAUGGUUUCUGGAAAAGGGAAACGGGAUCUACGUUGACACACUUGGCAACCCCAUGAAUUUGCCAGGUUUUGCUGGAGCUCUCACCACUGCAGGAUUUAGCCUGAAGUCAAUGCCCUUUGUGCCAUGCAACAUUGCACACUUUGUGCUUGCCAAUCAAUUCUGCAGUAUGCAAGUGAUCAAUGAACAGCACAAGUUCCAAGUCACUGCAAUCAUCCAGGGACCAGGGGAACAUCGUGUCAUUGUGGCCGAAUUCUGGGCGAACCUUUUCUCAAAGAAUGCACUUGAUGCCAUUGGUGUGUCCCUCACAUGCAAUCACCAGAGCAACUGCACAGCAUUGAUUUGGACAGUCCAAGAUGCCAGAUGCCCAUUGCCGGUGCAAUCCCUUUUGAUUGCCAUGUUUUCCAAAGCUGGAUACUGCCUUUUCUCCAAAUUGCAGGACUUGACAGGGCGCCACAUCAGAAUCAAAGUCUUUGGUAACGUGAUUUGGGAAGGUAAAUUGCCGAUCAAGUUUUCAGUUGCCACUUUGAAGCAAUGUUUGCACGCCAUCACAUGUCUUGUGUCAGGUAACUUGCAGUACCGAAUGAUUCAAGGGGGUAAGCAACCUGCGCCAGAGUCCACGAUUGAACAACUUGCCCAAGACAAUCCUUCCAGCAGGCUGACAUGUCACUUUGUUCUGCAGAUGAAUGGAGGGGGUUCCGAAAAUGGAACAAAGGCAGGUCACAGGACUCAGAUCAAAAAUGCCAUUGCAGGUGUUCUCUUGGAAGAAGGAUAUGACCUUGCAUGGACCUCGAAGUCCGUAGACCAGAUGAUGACGAAAAUUGGCACCAAAGAACUUUCCAAGUUUCUGCAAGUUGAGACCUCCAAGAAAGUUUUUGCAGCCAUGGAUUUCUUGCGUAGCUGUGACAUAGACAUUCCGAAGAUCAACACGGCAAAAUCUUCCCAAGUUGCAGCCAAUGCCAAGAAGAAGAGAUUCACUUCCAUGCCAGAUCCUGCCAAUUACACAGUCUUGGAUGGUGUUUUGGUGAAUGAAAACGAUUCCCCUUGUGCUCACAUUCCCAAGUUUGGGGGUCAUCAGCAGGGAUAUCAUUUGUGCACGCCAGCAGUGGCUUUGCCAUGGUUGCGUCAAGGAGACAUCCUAUCCAGGGACGAGUUGGCACUUUUGAUUUUUGGGGAUUUGCCAGUUACCACAAGAUUGGCCCAUGAACAUGUCACUGUACCUUGCCAAGAUGAAAAAGGCCGCCAGGUCUUAGUCGCCGGAGUGUUGGUUCAAUGUGGUGACAAAAAGGUCAAGAUUGUACAAGGUGACGGUUACAAGGUGGACACCGAUGGAACCAUCCUUGCAGCAGUCACUUGGAGAAAAAGUGAUUGGCCACAACAAUGGACCGAGAUCUGUGCAAACCCAUACAAAUUCCUGAAGAGCUUCCCUGGAGUGUCCGAUCUUUUGGUUUCUGUUUGGGGUAAAGCCUAUAGACAGGGCAAAGCACAGGCCACUGCCAACAAUGCCAACUCCGUACAAGUGCACUGUCUUUUCAAGGAAGAUAAGUUUGCCGCUUUCCUCAAAUUAUCCGGAUUUAACAUGCUCUGGUUAUCUCCCAAGACGAAGGAGGGUAAGCCACAUCCGGCAUGGCGCAUUCUUUGGCUUGAUUCCAAUUUGGACAUGCAGGCUGCCUUCAAUAAUCCAAUUGUGGCUGGCCCGCGACCUUCCAAGCCAAGUCAUGCAGCUGCGAAUCAGGACAACUACCAACUGAUCGGGGACCCCUGGGCAAACUGGACAGGUCCCAGACCAACUGCACCAGCGGCGCCCAUUGCAGCUUCUACUACGAUUGGCCCAACAGAGCAGCAAUUUGCCCAGCAAGCUGACCGGUUGAACAAACUGGAGACAGCCAUGCAAGAAAUGCAAACAGGUCAGAAGAAGCAAGAGAUUGUGAUGGAAAAGAUCCAGAAGGAGCAGGUCAAUCGAGAUCAAGAGGUGCGCCAACAAAUUGAUGACAAAUUUGCCGCCAUGAAACAUGAGAUUGACAAGACGUUCCAGAACGCUCUGAACAUGCAAGCAUCUCAGUUCAAUGCCAACAUGGAGGAGAUCAAAGGUCUUCUCAGGGAAAGGCCGAAAAGGAAGUCCAAGACGGAAGGAAUGCAGUUGUUGAAGCGAUCCAGUCCAGUCUUCUUCGCCCAGCCGGGUGUUGGCUAUGUCUUGGAAGAAACAUGGUUGGCCACGCACAGUCCCGUCAUGUUCCAGCUGUCUUUGCCGGGUCCUGUCUUGUUUGCCAAACACAUCCGUUUUCCCAAGUCUUUUGUCGAACUUGACAUUGCUGACCAGCACUGGGAUAACAUGGUUGACGUUUCGGGGGCCUUGCAAAAUGCUAGCAGCAUCCAAGAAUGGGGAGAAGCAGUUGAAAACAACAUCGACAAAUACCUGCGUCAAGGGGUGGGUUCAGUUCUUCAGUUUACAAAGUAUCAUCUUGAAAUUUCUUUGAAAGAAGAUGCAAAAAUUCUGAAGAAUAAGCUUGAAUAUCUUAGAUUCCUGGAUGCCGCCAACCAUAACAAAGCAGCUUAUGCCACGGUGAGGGGCCCCGGCAUGCCCCGUGUCCAUGAAAUUGGGCGGGUUCAAACUUGUGAAGCCAUUGCAGUGCCAAGUGACGAUGGUCACGAACACUCCCUCUAUAUGGACUCAAUCGAAACGGAAAAAUUCUCCAUGGACUUCCCUUUGGCCAUAGGUGAAGUAUCUGCUGAAGUUAUAUCCAUUGAAGAGCAUCGCUUACAAGUCCGUACCAAGGAAAGUUUUCCAGAGUGGCCUGAACAAAUCAUGGUUAGCCAACAUCAGUUUGCCAUUUCGCCUGCAGACCUUGCCAAGCAUCUUGACAGUUUUUGGAAGCCUAUAUGGAACCGUGAUCAUGUUUCCAUGGAUUUCAUGCAAGCCGAAUCAGACACAUGUCCUUUCCAUGAACUGCUGACACACAUGCCUGCACACCCACAAAUACAAGUUGACAUGCUCAGCCGAGAGGCGUGGUCCAAAGCAGUCAAGAAACUCAAAGCUCAAUCAGCCAGAGGUACUGACAAGAUCAGCGCUCAAGAGUUGAAACUUUUGCCUUGGUGUUACUUGGAAAAAUUGGCAGUAAUCAUGUCAAGCUAUCCACAGGGUUUCCCAGCCAGUUUCAUGCAUGGCCUGAUAUGCCCUUUAUCCAAGACCGAUGAAAUCCCAGAAGCAAAACAGACUCGUCCCAUCACAUUGUUGCCACAACUUUACAGGCUCUGGGCAGCAGUUAUGACUGCGGAGAUCACAAAAGUUUUGUGCACUUGGAUUCCAAAUGACAUCACUGGUCUCUUGCCAAGGCGUGGGGCCGCCAAUGCAGCCUACUUUUCCCAGUUUCAUAUCGAAAAAGCACGGAGGUACCAUAAGAGCAUCUCAGGUUUGACUUUGGACAUCAUUAAGUGCUUUAACUGUAUUCGCUGGGACUUCGGCUUUCAUGCGUUGCUUGCCCUAGGGGUGCCCAGGCAACUUUUGGUCGUUUGGAUGGCUUCAAUCCAAGCCCUCACUCGCCACUGGCUCCUGAACAAUCAAGUCAUCACUGCAGGCACUUUGCAGCAAGUAUGCGGCCCUGCAUCAGCCCUUGCGUUCAUGCUGAGCCAACUGUGCUUAAUGGAUUUGCUGACUCCAAACGAUGGAUGCUCAUCAGAGAGAUCUCAGGAGGAAGUGGCAAAGGGAACUUGGCAGUUUAGAGUCGAUAAGGCAAAGCUGGCCAUGAAAAGGGUCAGAGCCAAACGGCUGCGGCCCGGGGUGGUGCUCCCUUUCUUCAAGGAAAUA